CCACUAGCCUAGCGCCGCCGUUUCGCGUGGAGGCGUUUCGAAAAGUUUGUUUCACAGCUCGCGACCGAGGGGGGGAAGGAGGCGAUGGCGGUUGCGGCGGCGGUGUCGAGCAUCGGGAUCAUGGACGGCGCCUACUUCGUGGGGAGGGGCGAGAUCCUGCACUGGAUCAAUGCCACCCUCCAGCUCUCCCUCGCCAAGGUCGAGGAGGCUGCGUCGGGGGCGGUGCAGUGCCAGCUGAUGGAUAUGGUUCAUCCCGGAGUGGUGCCGAUGCAUAAGGUUAACUUUGAUGCGAAGACUGAAUAUGAGAUGAUUCAGAACUACAAGGUUCUUCAGGAUGUGUUCAACAAGCUGCGCAUAGUCAAGAAUAUUGAGGUCAACAAGCUUGUAAAAGGACGCCCAUUGGAUAACUUGGAAUUUCUUCAGUGGUUGAAAAGAUAUUGUGAUUCUGUUAAUGGUGGAAUUAUGAAUGAAAACUACAAUCCUGUAGAAAGGAGAUCCAAGGGAUGCAAAGAACGUGGUUCAAAGGGUUCCAAUAAGUCAUCUAAAUCAUUGCAGGCCAAUAGACUUUCUGGUGGUGAUUCAGCCGAUGGAGGCCCUGGAGUUGGAAAAGUAUGUAACACUUUUGCUGAAGAGCAUUACAUAGAACAGAUUCAGCAGCUGUCUGAAAAGAUCGCAGGCCUGAAAGUUUCUGUGGACAGCAUGGAGAAAGAAAGAGAUUUCUACUUCUCGAAGCUUCGUGAUAUUGAGAUACUGUGUCAACGACCUGAGUUGGAGCAUCUACCAAUGACUAAAGCUGUUCGGAAGAUACUUUAUGCGGCUGAUGCAAAGGAUUCACCACUACCUGAUGCGAAUGAUAUAAUCACCAAGUCACCGGGCUUGUUCACAGACGAAGCUGAAUGAGAUGUGUACGCUGCAUGAGCUAAUUUGCGGCAAUCAUUGUAGUUCUGAAUCUGUAAAUAACAUUUGACAUGAGCCAUCGUUGCAUGUCAAAAACAGUUUUCCUGUAAGAACUUGCUACUUGCGAGUAGUUAACUAGUUAUGGUGCAUUCAUGCUCAACGUGCCCCUUCACAUCUUCCCAGGAUA